GGCGCCCCACGCGGCCCGCCACCGUCUCGGCCGGAGGCCGGAGGCAGGAGCUCGCCUGAGCCCAUGGCGAGGGGCCCCGCCGCUGCCGCCGCCGCCGCCGCCGCCACCGCCCCGCCAGCGCCGCCAGCUCCCGGGCACCAUGCGAGCCGCCCCGAGCCUCCGCGGCUGCAUCUGCCUGCUGCUAGCCGCGAUCCUGGACCGGGCGCGGGGCUACUUGACUGUCAACAUUGAGCCUCUCCCGCCCGUGGUGGCUGGUGAUGCCGUGACUUUGAAGUGUAACUUCAAGACCGAUGGCCGCAUGCGUGAGAUCGUGUGGUACCGGGUGACGGACGGCGGCACCAUCAAGCAGAAGAUCUUCACCUUCGACGCCAUGUUCUCCACCAACUUCUCCCACAUGGAGAGCUACCGCCGGCGCGAGGACUUGGUGUACCAGUCCACGGUCAGGCUGCCCGAGGUCCGCGUCUCUGAUAACGGCCCCUACGAGUGCCACGUGGGCAUCUACGACCGCGCCACGAGGGAGAAGGUGGUCCUGGCUUCAGGCAACAUCUUCCUGAACGUCAUGGCUCCGCCCACCUCCAUUGAGGUGGUGGCCGCUGACACCCCGGCCCCCUUCAGCCGUUACCAAGCCCAGAACUUCACGCUGGUCUGCAUCGUGUCGGGAGGGAAACCGGCGCCCACGGUUUAUUUCAAGCGAGACGGGGAACCCAUCGACGCAGUGCCCCUGUUGGAGCCGCCGGCGGCCAGCUCUGGUCCCCUCCAGGACAGCAGGCCCUUCCGCAGCCUCCUGCACCGUGACCUGGAUGAGACCAAGAUGCAGAGGUCACUGUCCCUGCUGGACGCUGAGACCCGGGGCGGGCGUCCCUUCACGGAGCGCCCCUCCCGCAGCCUGACCCCAGAUCCCAGCAGCAUCAUCCAGCCGACCACUGAGAGCAUCCCGGAGACGGUGGUGAGCCGUGAGUUCCCCCGCUGGGUGCACAGCUCCGAGCCCGUCUACUUCCUGCGGCACAGCCACACCCCAGGCAGCGACGGCACGGUGGAGGUGCGAGCCCUGCUCACCUGGACGCUCAACCCACAGAUCGACAACGAGGCCCUCUUCAGCUGCGAGGUCAAGCACCCAGCGCUGUCGAUGCCCAUGCAGGCCGAGGUCACGCUGGUUGCCCCCAAAGGACCCAAAAUCAUGAUGACGCCCAGCAGAGCCCGGGUCGGGGACACCGUGAGGAUCCUGGUGCACGGGUUUCAGAACGAGGUCUUCCCGGAGCCCAUGUUCACGUGGACGCGGGUGGGGAGCCGCCUGCUGGACGGCAGCGCCGAGUUUGACGGGAAGGAGCUGGUGCUGGAACGCGUGCCCGCCGAGCUCAACGGCUCCAUGUACCGCUGCAUGGCCCAGAACCCGCUGGGCUCCACCGACACGCACACCCGGCUCAUCGUGUUCGAAAACCCGAAUAUCCCAAGAGGAACAGAAGACUCCAAUGGUUCCGCGUCUGGCCCCGCUGGCGUCCGGCUCACCGUGGUGCUCGCCCUGACAGUGGUCCUGGAGCUGACGUGAAGGCGCGGCCUGCACUCCGUCUGGCACUGGCGUCUCUGCGACCGGUUUUCCUUUCUUUUUUAAACUAUUUCCAGUCUUGUUCUUAGUCUCUUUCUGUCCAUGUCUUGGCUCCUUCGGUCAAUUUAAUUAAUACAGAACACUUUUCCCCA